AUGCACAAGGGCCAUGGCGGGAAGGUGCCUGAUUGCCAGGAGAGGAAGGAGGCCAGUGUCACGAAGUGCAGAGACCCAGGGCUAAUAGCCCGGUCUUUGAUUAGUUUGUCCUUUGGAGGAGCAAUUGGGCUGAUGUUUUUGAUGCUUGGAUGUGCCCUUCCAAUAUACAACCAAUACUGGCCUCUCUUUGUUCUGUUUUUUUACAUCCUUUCACCUAUUCCAUACUGCAUAGCGAGAAGAUUAGUGGAUGAUACGGAUGCUAUGAGUAAUGCUUGUAAGGAACUUGCCAUAUUUCUUACAACAGGCAUUGUUGUCUCAGCUUUUGGGCUCCCUAUUGUAUUUGCCAGAGCACAUCUGAUUGAGUGGGGAGCUUGUGCGCUUGUUCUCACAGGAAACACAGUCAUAUUUGCAACUAUCCUGGGCUUUUUCCUGGUCUUUGGAAGCAAUGAUGACUUCAGCUGGCAGCAGUGGUGAAGGAAUUACUGAACUGUUGUCAGAUGGACUUCUUGUCACUUGUCAGCCAUCCGCGCGCACAGGAGAUGGGGCCGGAAUGCAGAGUGGCGCAGCAAGCCUCCUGGGGGUCUCCUCAGUGCUCCCUUCUCACUUUUCUUGUAAGCAUUACUAUUUUCACAGAGACUUGCUGAAGGAUUAAAAGGAUUUUCUCUUUUGGAAAAGCUUGACUGAUUUCACACUUAUCUCUAGUAUGCUUUCUGUGGUGUCCUGCUAAAUUUGAGUAUUUAUGUGUCCCUGUUUAGUUAUUUUUUUUAAUCAACAUGCAACAUUAAGCAUUUUUAAAAUGUAAUAACCAUUUGCAUUGGUUAGGAAUUAGAUUUCUGCUGGCUAUUACUGGGCUAAAGGACAUCUUUGAUCUUAAAAUUAUUUAACCUCCAUUGCAAAAAGUUAAAAAAAAAGUUUUCAAUCAGUCAGGAUGACAUCACUUUCAAUUUUAUGCAAACAUGCAGACUGUUGGCAUACAUCAUAGACUGUAUACUCGGUACACACCCAGCUGCAUUUAUACCUCAGAGGGGCCAAGUAUUAAUGCCCAUGCCCUCCAUACAGGUUGUGGGUUUUGCCAGUAAGCAGGUGUUUUGUGAAUUGAAAAUUAUAUUAUGGAAUUGCUCCAAAGAGUGCUUUUCUUCUCAAUUGUUAAAGGAAUUUAUUGUUAAACUCAAAGGUAAGCUUGUUAAACCAGAUUUUUGAGAUGGUUUUUAUUUAUGUCAAUUAUAGAUAAAGUAGAGUUCCAUUGUGGGAAGAAAUGACAUUGAAAUUCCAUUUUUUUUUUAAAUCCUCUUUCUAUUUAUAAGUGAAAUGUUUGAUCUUCUAUCAGCCUUUCCUAUUUUACUGUGGGUGAAGUGGACAUACGUAGAACUACUACUGAUGAGGGGAAGUUGUAUGUGUGCAUCCUUUAGACCACAAAACCUGUCCCCGCUUCCUCCUUUUAACUUAUUUUAUACGUUGUAUAUAUUAAGUAAAUUAACUUUUCAAAUACAGUUUAAUAACACUUUAAACUAGAGGUGUUUAUCUCACCUGGAAAGGACUUGCUAUGCCAUACAUGCAGAGCGCCGCGCCCCGCCAGGCCUGCCAGGGUUAACCAGCGGCUUGUUAGUCUUGCAGAUAAAUCAUGCAUUAACAACUUAAGAUUUAGACCAUGGUAAUUAUAGUUCUUACUCUCUAAGGUUAUAUCAUAUGUAAUUUAAAAAUAUUUAAGACAAGUUUCCUGUGUACCUCUCAACUUCCUUGAUUUUUAUUUCAUCAUGAUAGAUCUGCUGUUUCAUUUUAUUGUGUGACUUAAUGCAAAGUAGCCAAAUCCAGCUGUAUAGCAGCUUCAGAUACAAACCUGACCAAAAAGUUCCCAGUAACCAGGCAUGAUCAAAUCAUAGUGGUCAUUUGCAUCUCGACAAUUAUCAGUACCUUUUGCAAGAGCUAGUUACGAAAAUGUUCAAGUUGGUCUGAUGAUAUUUUGUUCAGAUAUUUGUGUGUUUAUUCAUUAUAUUUACGUAAAAAUUGUUUUGCCUUCAGACAAAACUGAGUGAUUAUGACAGCUUUUAUAUAGAAUCCAUUUCUCAAAAAAAUGGGAACCCAUUUCGGGUUUGUUCAGCUUUUUACUAAGAUGUCUAAAGUCCACAGGUUUUAUUGCCAGGCCCAAGUGGUGACUUUGGCUGUGAGAGGGGAAGCAGAACAAGAUGUCUGCAUGUGGCUCUCCCACUUAGCCAGUAGGCUGAGAACGGCUUGCAGUGCUGCCGUGACGUAGACCUAAAGGGGAGGGAGUAGGCAUGCAUGAAUUAGCUGGCCAUAUGGUUGGGAACUCAGUGCCUGUGAUCUACUUGGGUUUUUUUGUUUGUUUUUUGUUUUUUGUUUUUUGGGGGUUUUUUGCAGGAAGUACACUCUUUGGCCCUUCCCUGUUUUUCUGUUCUAGAAUAUCAGUGCAGUGCACUGUGACUAUUUUAUUCACUUGGCCAUAGACUCUUUUUCUAACAGCUGCAUAUCCUUUCUGCGUCCUGGUUGCAUUGGCAGCACUGUGUCUCUCGUCUUGCACACUGGCUUGACAUAGUGCUGUCUCUGAUCUCUAGGCUAGGUCUUGGAGGUGUGAACUUUCCAUAGAACAUGCACUGAUACCACAUUGCCACUCUUCUAUGGAAAGAAAACUUUUGAUGAUGAAACAAUAAAGAUUUUAAAUAUCUAUAUUAGUUUGUGGGUGUUUUUGAAAUGCAAAUAUACUACACAUUUCUGCUCCUGAAGUGUGUUACUCAUUUUAAUAAUGCAAUAUAUUAGUCAUUAAUGUUAGACUUGCAGAAGUUUCACUUCCAAAACAGAAUUGAAACUGUAGUAGUAAAUAUUUCAAGGAAGCCCUGUGAUUUUGAGCUAUGGUGACAAGACGGGUAUCCUGGGGAAGUAGAAUUUUUAACUAGCCCUUUACAAAAAAGCCAUAGAGGAUUCUGUUGACCUGAAAAGACUGUUGAUAAUCAAAAGUCAAGGUUGUACCUGUUCUUAAAUGUCCAGAACCUUUUUUA